UUUGCUUGGAGGACAGCUGGAAAAGAACACUGAAAACACCACGGAGUCCUCACAGUUGGAUGCUUCGCCAGAGAACGUUCAUUAAAAAGCAUGGCUAAUAGCAAAGCGAUUGUCGAUGACAACUCUAUAAUGAGAGCAGAUUUCAUUCAGGAGCUUCUUCCAUCUGCGGAGCGAACGGCUCUCCUUUAUCACCUGACUUUCCUGAGUCUGGGAGGAUUCCCAAAGCUGGAGCGUCUGAUCAGAGAUCAAGCUAUUGAAACACAACUGCUGUUUGGAUCCUCCGAAGCCCUUCUGCUGAGGUGUGUCGGCACGAGCUCCAACCUGGUCACCUCCCUGUUUCCAAUAUUGAUAAAUGCUGUGGAGAAGAACAAACCUGUUUUGGCGGUGAGGUACCUGAUGAAAGCCAAAGAGUGGAUCGCUGACAUCAUAACACAAGUGGAUGACAUUGUGAAGAGGUAUGAUACACACAACCAAAGUGUGAAAAAAAGCACCAGUGACGUGUAUCAAGAACAAGCAGAGACCAAAGAAAAAAAAGAGAAAAAAUCUGAUGAGAUGAAGGGUCUGGAGGAUGCUCUGGCCAAGCUCAAUGGUGAUCUGGGAAAAGUAGUCAACAAAAUGGAGGGGAUUGAGGAACAAAUUGAAAAAACCACUAAGGAGCUGAACAGCUUCAUCAGAAGAUUUCAGGAAGAACAUGGCCACUGGACUGUGAAGUUCCUUGACUUUUUUAGAGGCCAUCCAGACGCUAUGAAGGAGCCUACUGCCAUCGCUCUGGAUAUAAAACUGAAACAACUCGACACUGAGAAGAGACUUCUGAGAAAUGAAGAGUGGGAAAUCAAAAACAAGCAGCUUGAUCUUCAGCUGCAGCUGGCCAACUGUAAAAUACGGAUCGGUGAGAUUCCCGACCCUGACAACCUGACGGAAGUCCAGCUGUGUCUUUCUCAAAUCCAGCAAAUUCUGGUUGAUCUGAAAAAGUUUUGGGAGAAGGUGGAUGCUAUUCUGAGCACGCUGAAAGAUAGAACCUUUGCUGGGGAGGAAAUAGUUGACAUGGAGGACAUGAAGGAUGAGUUCAUAGACUCCAUUGAAGAUGCAGCAAAGUACUGGAAAAGAUUUGGUCUGUGCUGUCAGAAAGCUCAAGGCGUCUUCAGUGUUCAGUCUCGAGAUGCAUAUAAAUUCCUGGAGAUAAAUCCGUCUUCGCUCUCUGAGGAGGAGAGGAAACAGCAGCACUCGUCUAUCACGGAGAAGCUGAAGAAAAUCCAUCCAGAUCCACCAGCACUGAGUGACUCCCAGAUCUGAUGAUUCCUGAAGGCUCCUUAAACAAAUCAAUGCAUACAGCUUCUCAUGGAAUUUUUUUUUGUUUUUUUUUUUGUUUUUUAUUCUUUGUAAUCUCUUGUAAACUGCUCUUAAACAUGUUAAAUUGCAGUUCCACAUAUACAUCUUCUUUAAUAAGUUGAUGUAAGUAAUAUUAUUUAGAUCAAUUUAUGGCCAUCUCUUUCAAAAUUGCUUUGCAUUUUUAUUAUGCUAUACACAGAUCUUGGGGUCUGGUCAAGUGAUUAAUGUCUAUGUCACACAAUAAAGACAAAAAGACAUGAAACA